GGAGUCAAGAGCUGGGCCCCUCCUCUGUGUAUCCAACUCAGUGUGGCUCUGGCCGUGAUUGAGGGAGGAUGUGGCGCGCCUCGUCUCGUGUCCCCUCUACUCUCAUGUGUUGAAGUGCGUUCGUCUAACUCUAAGCCACCUGUGUGAUUCUAAGGGGUGGAGAGGACCCUGAGUCAAACCCCUGUGGCUGCUAAUACCCCCGGCGUUACCCAGGACACGAAAGGAUGUCCUAAGGGCGUGUUUGUGUGUGUUAGAUCGAGUCUGUCUACCUUCGUGUGAAAGUGUUUACCUGUCUCAACCCGCCACGCACUACCAGGUAACCAACACACAGGUAGCGUGUCCACCUGUACCAGAAACUACAAAGGGGACCAGGUAGAGAGAAACAGGUAAAGAAGGGAAAUACAAGUUGGUAAACGUUGGAGUGAAUUGAAAGAAGAAAGAGAAGGAAUUUGAAGGAGGCGAAUAAAAGAGAACACGAGAAACGAGGACAUAGACAAGAAGAGAGGGAAAACUUGUGUGCUGAACUGAAAGAAGAAGAAAAAGGGAAGGAGUAAAAGAAUUCUAACAGCGAUUUAAACAAGAUAGGAGUUCCCUGCUGUGUGGACUCCCAGGUGUUGACAAGGACUAAUUACGCCACAGGUGCAACUUCAGAUCCACGUGAAGGGAAGGAAAGAGACGACCCACCUUCCUAUUAACCCACUCUGACCCACUCUGACCCACCCUGACCCACCCUGACCCAACCUAACCCACAUCCUCCAUCAUCAUCUAACCUCCAACCCACCCUAAGGCACUUAAACCCAGCUAACCCACCCAUUAGUAACCUCACUGCAAUCUACCUAUAUUAGUAACCCACUCUAACCUAUCUCUGUAACUUAUUUCAACCCACAUCCAUUAGUAACCCAGCUUAACCCACUCCAACCCACACACCCACAUUUCAAACCCAAAUAUAACCCACUGCAAGCCCUAACCUUACAAUACCUAACCUAACCUAACCUGACCUAACCUAACUUAACCUAUCCUAACCUUACCUAACCUAACCUAACCUUACCUAACCUAACCUAACCUAACCUUACCUAACCUGACCUAACAUUCAUUCACCCAUCCACUUUUUCCCUCCUUGAUCCACACACCUGCUCCCUUCCACUCCUGUUUGGCUUGCUUCCCACGGCUCCACAUCUGCCAAGAACAAGUUCCCACGCUCCCAGAAAGUCCAGGUAUUCAGAAUGCUGAGGUGACGAGAGCUAAGAGGAGAGACCCCCGCAGCGGCACCAAACAGAAAACGGACACCAAGACUUCGAAACCAACACCGGACCGCAGAGUUACCCUCCAAACGGGAUCUACUGACGGAGGGACAGGAUGGUGUACUUGAAGACUAUGCUGGUGAGGCGGCGAGGCGUUCUACUGAAGCUCGUAGUGGCUCUCCCUGCAUUGUGGCUCCUGGGAUCUCUAGUCACCCUGUCAGAGAAAACAGAGAAGGAAGAACUGGAACUCCCGCCCGCAGUGAGACCAAGGGACAGUCAACAACAGCAGCAGCAACAGCAACAGCCUCCCCCGCCGCCGCCUCCCAUCCAGGUGAAGAAUGACGAGAGGGAGGCUGAAGUACAAGUGCAUCAGAUGGUGAGAGAGCCGCCUGUUGACGUCGCGAAGCCUUCCAAAGUGGACGUUAGAACCAAGACUCAAGAACCACACGAGAUACAUCCCGAGGGCGGAGUGCUGCUGCCCCCACAGGAACCCAACGGCCCCGGGGAGAUGGGCAAGCCAGUGGUGCUCCCGAAGGACAUGGAGGCGCAGGUGAAGAAGAAGGUGGACGAGGGAUGGAAGAAUAACGCCUUCAACCAAUACGUGUCCGAUAUGAUUUCUGUCCACCGCUCCCUGCCUGACCCCAGAGACGAGUGGUGCAAGGCUCCGGGCAGAUUCUUGGAAAACUUGCCAGAGACUUCAGUGAUCGUCUGCUUCCACAAUGAGGCGUGGUCUGUUCUCCUCCGCACCGUGCAUUCUAUUCUGGACCGCUCCCCGCCCCAGUACCUCAAGGAGAUCAUUUUGGUUGAUGACAAUUCUGAUAUGCCUCACCUGGCGAAGCAGCUUGAUGACUACAUGGCACAGUAUCCAAAGGUGCGCAUCGUGAGGGCGCCGAAGAGAGAGGGGCUGAUCCGCGCUAGGCUCAUGGGGGCCAGACACGCCACAGCCCCCGUCCUGACAUUCCUCGACUCCCACUGCGAAUGUACUACAGGUUGGCUGGAGCCUCUGCUGACGCCCAUUGCCAAGGACCCGCUCACGGUGGUGUGUCCGGUCAUUGACGUGAUCUCAGACGACACCUUUGAGUACCACUACAGGGACUCCACGGGCGUCAAUGUGGGCGGCUUCGACUGGAAUCUUCAGUUCAACUGGCACGCCAUUCCGAGUAAGGAGAGAGCACGCCACCAGCACCCCGCCGAGCCAGUGCGAUCGCCCACUAUGGCAGGCGGUCUCUUCUCCAUCGAUAAGGCUUUCUUCGAGCGCCUUGGCACCUACGACUCAGGCUUCGACAUCUGGGGCGGCGAGAACCUUGAGCUGUCCUUCAAGACGUGGAUGUGUGGAGGCACCCUGGAGAUCGUGCCUUGCUCCCACGUGGGCCACAUCUUCAGGAAACGUUCGCCCUACAAGUGGAGGUCUGGAGUGAACGUGUUAAAGAGGAACUCCAUCCGUCUGGCAGAGGUGUGGCUGGACGAGUACAAGAAAUACUACUACGAGAGAUUCGGAACCUUUCAGGGAGACUUCGGGGACGUGAGUGAGAGGAAGAGACUGCGUGAGAACCUGAAAUGCAAGUCGUUCAAGUGGUACCUGGACAACGUGUACCCAGAGCUUUUCGUGCCGGGAGACGCUGUGGCAUCCGGGGAGGUCCGCAACUUGGGUGCUGGCGGGUCCACUUGCCUCGACUCCCCCGCUCGUCGUGCUAACUUACACAAGCCAGUGGGCCUCUAUCCGUGCCACAAGCAGGGGGGCAACCAGGUCCACAACUUGGCUACGGGACAGUGUGUGGACUCGCCCGCCAAGCCUGAGGACAACCACAAGCCGGUGGGACUUUGGCCUUGCCACAAGCAGGGCGGCAACCAGUACUGGAUGCUGAGCAAAGAAGGGGAGAUCCGGCGAGAUGAAGCCUGCAUGGACUAUGCCGGCAGUGAUGUAAUCCUGUACCCAUGCCAUGGCUCCAAAGGGAACCAGUACUGGGAGUACAGCCCAGAGACAAACCGCAUCAUCCACGGCAGCAGCAAGAAGUGCCUGGCCAUCUCACAGGACCGCAAGAAGCUGGUCAUGGAGGACUGCAGUCUGGAGGAGGGGCGACAAAAGUGGAAGUUUGAGAACUAUGACCCCAACAAAAAGCUAUGAAGAAAAUAAUAAAUUACAUAUUUGUUUUGUAAAUAUAUUUUUGAAGUGCCUGUUUGUACUUAUGUUUUUUAUAAUAAUGGAUGGGAAGAAUUGGUUGCCUGUGCACACACUGUAGUCACACCUCUCCAUCUCCCCUGGGAGCAUCGUGGCCUCCAGUGCGUGCAUCUGUGUGUGCGCGUCUGUCUGUCUGUCUGGGCUUCCCAUGCAAGUUUUUGUCCUGUCAGGAGGAAGAUCAUCUGCUGGCCACUCUUCAUUCCUGCACCUUGUAUGCACACCCUUCAUCUCCCGGCCCCGGCCACCCGCUGAUGCUUCUAUAUCAAAUGUUGGCUCUGCUCUCUGACAACGGCCACCCUUGUGCUUGUGGGGGCUGCCUGUGCUGUCCCCAAAGAUGUCCAGUACUGACCCCAGGCUGUGUCCUCUGUCUGUCCUGGAAUCCCUGCUAUGAAAGAGGGACAUGACUCACUUAUUGGGGAUAAGGUGGUUCACACUGUCCUGUGAUGAUAAAGUGGUUCACACUGUCCUGUUCUUUAGUAACAAGAAAAAGGACAAGGAGGAUGGAGGUGUAGUGACCUGCAAGGAGGACAAGAUAAAGAAAAAGAUGUGGAGAUAACCUGUUACCGGUGUGUGACGUUGUUGACGUUGUUGACGUUGGUGUGAGGAAAUGACUUAGAGGUGGUGACCUGUUCCAUGAGGUGUGAUAAAGUCAAUGAUGAUAAUGUGUUGUGUUGUGACCUGUGAUUGAUUGAGAACACCACCAGGACCUCCUACUAAAGUGUGGAAGAUUAUUACUACUACUAACUAAGGUUGUAUUUCAUCAAAGGUUGCUGAAGUGGAGUGAAUGAAACCAGUGUGAGUGAGAUGUGAUCAUUUUCCAUGUUGCAUCUGUGUGUGGCUUCUUGCUGCCGUCUGCCAAGGAGUGCUACUACUACUACUACAUAGACUGCUGCCAUCUUUCUACAUGGCCCUGUGUUGUAUUUGUUGGUGAUGGAUAAAAUUAUAUGGGAAUGGGAUUUUGUAAUUAAUUUAUAUAUCAAAUUGAGAAAUCUUUGAUGCUGUAAUUAUUAUUAAAUGCAAAAAAAUAUUAAUAGUGAUAAACUGUGCAGUCUUGUAAGCUUUUGUUGAGAAGUACAUAUCUUGUCUCUACUGUUACAUAUCAAAGAGGAAGCUGCUCAAGUGUAGACCAAUUGGAAAAGCUGACCACUACCAAAAGCUAGCAUUAUUGUGUGGCCGUCGUGCAUCACAGGUUGGCGAGUUACAGACAAGUGUUGCUCAGUUAGAAGACAAACAUCAUGCAUUAGAAUAUCCAUUGGUGCUACGGUAAAUCUCGCCCUCUGAAUUAGCAGCGUCUCGGUAGCCUAGCUGCCCAAGUCAAGGAUAUAGCAGCACUAGGAGCCGUCUUCUCAAACAUUUCUGCCGGCCACUAUUUUCAAAGGCCCCAAUUGAAGUGGCACAGGUUUUCUGUUAGGUUUGAACAUAGCAAUGGCCAGGUGUUUCUGAAUAUGGGCCUAGAAGCUGUCUCAAGGAUUAUUUUAAUAGCAUUAAAUGCUGUCUCAAGUCAUGAAUAUCCUUGCCAAUAAAGCUAAUUUCAACAUUCCACUGAACCUAAAUUCUAGACUAAUAUUAGUUUUUUUAUAACCUAAAUGGCUCAAACAUUCCAGGACUAAAUUAAAACAGGACAUUCAUACAAUACUUAGCUACGUGCUUAGUGACGUGUAAUCUUAAGUUGUUGCCAGAUGCAUAAGUUUCAAGCCAGUGUGGCACAGACGCUGCCAGCCAUAACUACACCGGAUCUGGAACUAAAUACUAUUUUAAGGGAGUUUAUAUUUGCAAUAUACUUGAUGUAAUAGUUUGUAAACACCUGUACAUGAGCAGUAUUACCCAUGUAUGGCUUAAACAAGGUCACCGGCAGAGCCCACGACCUGCAGACUGGUGCAUCACCUACUCUUAACAUUACUUGUACUUAAUAUGCAGCAGCAACAGCAGCAGCUAAGAAUUCAGAUCCCUUUAUGUCUCAGUUCAGUCAUUCCCUACCUGUAUGCAAGGUGACUGUUUACGUCCAUCCUGUUUACCUCUUUAUCCUCAUUCUUAGAGGCAGUUAUUAUCUAAAAAGUGAAUUGGUUGCUCAAAUCACUAAAAUUACUGAAUACCUGCUUACUACUCUAAGUUUAAAAGGCUUCACUGUACAGACAACUUAACCAUUCUGUAAAAACAUGAAUAAACUUCCUUAUAUAAUGUAAACGUUUGUAAAGGCGUUCCAUUCCUGAUGUAAUCGUCGCGGCAGUGAAGGGAAGGAGGGAACGCACUUUAUGACAACCGUAGGCUAGAGGUGUGAAUGACCUGAGCUGAUCUGUAUACUAGUUCUCAAAAACCUGUGCUGCAUUUGUUGUGUGCUACACCGAACCGAUUUAUUCUCUCUCUCUCUCUCUCUCUCUCUCUCUCUCUCUCUCUCUCUCUCUCUCUCUCUCUCUCUCUCUCCAGUGUGAAGGAAUAACACUGCAUGGCUGGACAACUUGAGAUGCUCUGCUGCACUCAAAAUCCUAAUUGUGUGAUUCCUCAAAGGGUGCCUUAUUAAACAAUUCCUAUUA